GCAUCUAAAUUGGGCAAAAACCAGUCCGCCGUCUAGUUUGGCGAGGUCGGAGGCACUCUGGUGCAGCCCCCAUUUCACAAUGCGGGACUCAGAAGACCCGACACAUUUCGUUCCAUACAAGGCUCAGUCUAUAUCGAUCCGCCUUCGCCACAAAGGAGUCUCGCGAUUUUGACGCAAAGAUGAAAGCUGCAAUUAAACCUUGUUCAUGAGUAUUUGAAUGCAGCUUCCAUUCCAUUCGAUCUCAUACAACUGGUUGAUUGUACCCGCAUGUGGCGCUAGCGCAAACCGGAGGAGGUUCCAGGUGCUGUGUUACCCAGCUGUUCGACUCGGUCGGGUCCUAGAAAGGUUCAGUCCCAAAAGUACUUAACACAAAGAGUCUACCCUCUCAAACUACACUAACGGAUCUUGCUACUGAAGUACCCGAGAAAACUUACCCAUAGAUUAUUCAACAAAAGAAUCAUUCUGAUUGGAUAAUUACAGUCCACUUAAUACCCAAAGUUGGACGAUAACCAACUGAAAACAAAAACCCCCCCUAUCAAGCAUGACUAAACCCACAAAAUCCCCAGCUGUACUCUACAGUUGAUUCCUAAGGUCAAAUUCCUACGUCACCUGAAGAAAAAGUAUAAACAUAAAGUAUUUAACAUUGCUACGAGCCAUUAAUAUUAUAUAAGGUCAUUGGAUAAUCGUUAAUAAUAAAAUAAAAUAAUCAUCUCAAUAGCUAGAUAGUACCCAGCAGAAUGUUUUCAGUAGUCUAUAUCAUUUUACGAUAUUUGCCAAGUGUCAAAAUUCAACAAAGUUGUCCUACCUUGACCGUAGUCCCUACUUAGAACGCAUACCUGUGAGCAUCCUUCUAAUCUACCCUAAGACACACUAUAUAAAAAGAGGAAAGUAAUAGAGAGGAGUUAGGUAAUAAAACAGUAGGAGAGACGGAUCCUAAGAAUUCCUAAGGGAUCGGAAAACUCGAAUAUCUAUUUCCAGGGGGCGCUACAGAGGCUAAGGGCCCCGGAAGGGCCCAGAAGGGAGUGGCCCGCUCCUGAAGUCAGGGAGAGCGUCCCGUCCCAUUCCAGAGCCGUCCCGCGUUCAUCGGCUGAGGAAGCAUUCCAUUCAUGUUUCGGGACACGCAGCGGUGCGACCGCCGCCCAACCAAGCAGCCAACCAACGACGAAGACGACGACGACGACAACGAGUAACGACUUCUAAAGCUUUCCAGACGGCUCCUUCGAGGGCCCGCUAGUAACUGAACUGACGGGCGUCCAAUUGCGACGCACUUCAGUCCGGUUCACAGUCUUGCGCAGUGUCCACGCACUUCCAGAACAGCUUCCCGAUUCGCAAUACUCUCUUUCACUCUCUCCCUUUACUGGCAUCGUCUCUAACGUGAGACUCUUAUAACUCAGUGUACGAGUCCGGCUUUCUACCACCGUGACAGUUCAUCGCGUGCGUGAACGUUCGUGUUCGUCUGUGAACCAGUGUGAAUCCAUCGAACGACGGACGGACGUUAAACCGUGUUAAACCGUUUCCGGCGCGUGCAGCGCUCCACCACUCACUGUUCACAGUCUCCUCUUCGUUCUGCACGCGUUCUCGUGGGAGGUCAGCACCUUGUCGGUAGCCGAUAAGACGUCGGGCCCCAUUUUUUCAUGGUACGGCACUGGAGGAGGCUCUUCAAAACCCGAACGGCGGACGUUAUACGGCUGCAUUUUCCCUACGGAGGUUUUAUUUGACCUCCCGAGUGCUGGCGUCCUGGCUAUGUAUACUACGUUCUUCUUUCAUGUAGUUCUUUAUCGUACUGCCUCCUUAGGCCUAUCAGCUUUACACAAAACUGUUUUAUUUAUCUAGUAUCGCCGCUACGGAUGGGAUCCUCGUAUCUAGCUUUGACACUCUCUUCAUUCACGUCACUCUUGGUCAACAGGUUUUUCAUUGACGAGCAUGAAGAAACUCCUGUUUGUCUAACGUCUGGUAGCGCUACCCUGGGCAACGACGUAUCAGACAAUCCAAUAUGGUUUUUGUGGUUAAAUGGAGUUGAGGAAGCAACGGGGCUAUUUUGACGUAUGAAGAAUGGAGAUGGUUUACCUGGUUGUUUUAUGGAGAUGCCAAGACGCUACGUGUGUAUAUAGCAUUAGCGGAGUUUUGUGAGAGACAAAGGAGGUGGAAUCCUUUAGGGCCAGAGUCGAGACGCCACUGAAAGAUACAAUAUGGCAGCUCAAGUGUUACCGGCAGGUGGUUGUGCAGAUGUCGAGAAGCCUGCGGGCCCCUUUGUACGCUGGCUUUUCGUUUUACUACCGUUUCACCUUAAGAGCGAAUAAAUUUUCAUAAAUUUUUUAAGCCACGCAGGGGUUGACCAUUACCAUUGGUAAAUGAGCUUGCACGCAGGGUCCUCGUGUUCGGGGGGGGAAGUUUUUCUUAAUGUUUCCCGUGCUUCAGGAAUGUCAUGUGUUCCUUGGGUUAAUCUAGGAUGCAUCUCGGGGUUGGAUCUUUUAUCGGAUUUCAUUCAUGGCUUGGAUGUUCCUCAGGUAGUGCCGAGAUGUUGUGAUGGCUGAGAGGCGACGGUUCCCGAGCUCGGAACUCGAUCCAGAUCUCUCAUCUCCAACACCGCCAAAGAGACCGAAGCAGGCCGGGGAUGCGGAAAGUGACGACGAGACGGAACAAGAAGCUGAGAAAUCGUUAGAGACCAGUGAGAAGCUAUCGUCGCCGGAAGCUCUUCCAGGAACCUCUUCUUCAGGAGCUGGUACUUCCAGACCGAAGGAAUUGGGUGGGAUCAAGGACGUUGAGACUACCGAGGAAUCUGAGGAACCGGUUCCGGACGUGGGACAGGUUGCAGGACCUUCAAAGCAGGUCGAGCCUAUGACCUCGGAAAAGGACGAGGAGCCUGGAACAUCCUCCCGGAUCGAGGUCAGACGUAUCAUGGGCAGGGAAUCUACCGGCGAGGUGCAGACCUCAUUGAUGGGUGAACACGCCCUGUACCAGGAACUGUCUCUUAUUGGGAACGGCGCUUAUGGAACCGUUUACAAGGCCAAGGAUCUCACCAGUGGUCAGGUAGUCGCUCUGAAGAAGGUCAGGGUUCCAUUAACCGAGGAUGGUCUGCCGACGUCUACGCUUAGGGAGAUCGCCGCGCUGAAGCAACUCGAACGAUUCGAGCACCCUCACAUAGUCAGACUCCUGGACGUUUGUCAAGGGAAUUACCUACAGCUGCCAUCCGAGGACGAGAGGUCAGAGAGGGUAGACCGUGGUCUCAUACUUUGGCUCGUCUUCGAGCACGUCGAACGGGACUUGGCCUCCUAUAUGUCCUCCUGUUCCAAUGGGAUACCUCCGGAAGACGUUAAGAGAAUGUCCAGAGAGAUCAUCCUGGGAGUAGACUUUCUUCACAGCCAUCGGAUACUGCACAGGGACCUGAAACCUCAAAACCUUCUGGUAACUCACGAGGGUAGAAUAAAAAUCGCUGACUUUGGUCUCGCCAAGACCUACGACUUUGAAAUGAGACUGACCUCAGUGGUUGUUACACUCUGGUAUAGAGCACCGGAAGUUCUUCUGGGAUGUCCUUAUGCGACCCCUGUGGAUAUUUGGUCCGUGGGUUGCAUACUGGCUGAACUGAGUCGUCUUUCACCCUUAUUCCCAGGAACCAGCGAAGGCGAUCAACUCGAUAGAAUCUUCCAGGUUAUUGGCACACCGUCUCAAGAUGAAUGGCCUGAAAAUGUUUCACUGAGCUGGACAGCUUUUCCUCAUAGACAAGCAAGACCAUUAAGAAGCAUCAUACCCAAUCUGAACGAUCAUGGAUUGGACCUAAUAAAGAAUACGCUCAUUUUCGAUCCACACAGUCGUAUAACGGCGGCUCAAGCUCUGAGGCAUCAGUACUUCGUCGAUGAGAGUUCUUGAUGAUCGUCAACUUUAUCUUAAUUUUUAGAUCGUCAAUCGUUCAUCCUCGAUCCAACUCAUAGAAAGAAAUCCCGUGUCUGCGUCACGUUCUCGCGGGGAAAUUCAUAGUAAAGUAUCUUUGUCGUUGUCACGAAUCACGAGAGUGAAAGUCAGACAUUUUUCUUCCUCAAAAUAUUUUCACAGCAUUUCGUGUCAUUGACUCGUCAUCGUACUUCGUCUUCCAUUUCGCGGCAGUCACUGUCGACGAGAGUCAAAACCGCAGAAAAGUAACUUAAUACAUAUCCCAUAAAACGUUCGUUUUCAAAUAAUUAAUUGUUAAGGUAAUAAUGUAGAUAUAGACGCUAGCUAGAUUUAUGUUAGAAUUCAUCGUUAGAACAAUUAUUAUAGGCGUAAGCUCAACAAUUUUUUUUUUUUAAACUUUUCUACAGCGUUUGUGAAACUUAAUAACGCGACAAUCCAAUAUUUCGUUGCAAGUUUAAAGGUUGGACAUAUUGUUCAAAUGAAAAACUUUAUUCAUUUCACGUUAUGUGUUCUACGGAAUUAAUAUAAGAAUAAUAAUAUAUUGUGUACGGAAUUCGAGUGUAAGGAUAUACUGGACUGAAACAUUUUAUUGUAUGAAGACCAACCGCGUUGUAUGUUCUUAUGAACGAUGUUAUAUACGAGGUUAAUCUGACCUGCUUUUUGAAAGAAUUAGCACUAGUUGUAAGUUAGUUAGAGUGUAUUUUUGUAAGACUGGGGUCUCGUUGGACCUGUUACGACUGCUGGAAAAUAAUUCCGGUAGAUAAACCAGAUGGAACACUGCCAUAAUUCAUAAGAUACAAAGUAAUUAGUAUAGGAUAUCUAGUAGUCUUGUAUUUUAUGUACUAUAUGCGGAAUAUGUGUAUAAAUUACAUCGAGAUGUAAUGUUAUUUAUAUACGUCCAAUACUGAAACAUGCUGUAUUAAAUAUUCAGACUACAAAAAAAAUGAAGACCGUUAAGACUGUGUACUGCAAAAUAAAGAUUUUAUACUUUUG